AUGUACGCCGCUCAGAAUAUAACGCCAACAGUUUUGGAUGCCAUGAAUGGAAAUGUUUCCGAAUGGUAUAACGAAUGCGACAAUGCCAUUAGAAGGUCAGAAAUAGUUCCUGGAACUUACGAAUAUACAACUGCUGUUUCUUACGGAAACGUAGGUGAGUUUGGUGAAGGUUCUUCAACAACAGUAGAUAUUGCUUGCGACAGGUUUCAUAUAAUUUCUAUUGACAACUCUUUCUUAUACGUGGAACAAGACAUUGAAAUAAAACCUUCUGCCAAGUUGUCUGACAAGAAAGGUUGCAAUGGAAUUUUCUAUGUCGGAUACCAAUAUGCUCCAGAAGUUUUCAUGGGAUAUAAGAUAUAUUCUAACUCUGACUUAGUUCAAACAGUAACAUGGGCAAACUAUGAAUGGUUCGCUUUGAGAAACUCAGUACAACCACAAGCUAGAGAACAAACAGACCA